CAGCGCGUAGCCACCACCCCGCAGGCCGCCCGCCUUUAAAUAGCGGCAACGGUAAGGCCCUGCCGUAGCGUUUCGCCGAGUGGAUCCCCUCGGCCGGGCUAGGUUUGCCUCCCCUUGCCUUAUCAACUAACCCCCUCUAGCGCUGAACCGGACGCAUCUGCUGCGGGCUGGCGGCAGCGACGGGGCGAGGGCGUGCUUCCCUAUGCCGGCCUAACGCAUGCACCGCACCGCCGCGUUCCCCUCAGGAGCACGGCUGAGGAGGGGCCACCACUCCCGCGGCUCACGCUCCCUGCCUCUCUCGCCCCAUUCUGCGUGCGCCGGGCCUCCCGUUGGCUGGUGGUGUGUGUGUGGCGGAGGAUCCCCACUGCGGAGCAGCGCUGGCCAUCCGAUGGACCCAACACCCACCGGGCUGGGUGCAGAAGGGCGCCCCACUCCCGCGCCGGAGGGAGUGAUCACGCCGCGGGAGGCACGGGAGCGGCAGCAGUAAAAAACUGCGAGCGGUUGCGCGGCACUCCAGCUGGGAGGGAGCGAGGGAGCAGGGACUAUCACACCAGAGCCGCUUAAUCUCUGAUUGCUCCGCGACGGAAAGAGAACUACAGAGACUGAGAGCGCAGAACGGUAGAGCCGGGGCCGGCAUUCCGCAAGUUUCCUUGCCUUCGGGAGCGUAAGGAGUCUCCCGGCCCUUCUGCCCUUUCCGCCUCAGGAGCUCUGCGGUGGGAACGAGACGCUUCACCGUGGGAAACUGAAGCCCCUCGGCGACAGCCGCGGACAGGGAUGAGGGGGGCCCUACGGCGCGGGCAGGAAAGGAGGAUGUUUCUGUGGAGGAGGUUGCUGAAGGUGCCGGGGGAGGUUAUGCGGAGCUGAUGGUGCCACCAGCCGGAGCCGGCGGAGGGAGCAACGUGCGCUCCUCACGCCGCAGCCCCUGCUUCUCAAGUUGCCGGAGCUCUCUCGGCUCCCAGCGUUGCCAUCUCUUGCGCCGGGACGGCAACCCUCCCCCUUCUGGGCCGCCGCCGUGCCCCGGGGCUCCGCUGGUGGAUGCGUCUACUUCGGUCCGCACUGUCCCCGGCAGUAGUGCAGGUAGAGCAACCCGGCCGGGCCGCAUCAGGCCAGACUCGGACGAGGGCGCCGCCGCGGCGUUCCCCAUUGGCCUGAAGAAGGACAAGGAGCCUCGGCGGGCCGAGGACGCAAGGCGCUCGGCGAGUACCAGCCAUGGGGUGUUGUGAGGUGAGGGGAUUGCUCUGGAGAGUCGGCCUCUUCCUCCCGCUGCUGACAGCGCGCCCCGCCGCCGGUCACGUCGCCAGCAACCACGUUGUGUUACUUGAUACUACAACAGCCCUUGGAGAGCUAGGAUGGAAAACAUUUCCUGUAAAUGGGUGGGAUUCCAUAACUGAAAUGGAUGAACACAAUGGUCCUAUUCAUACUUACCAGGUAUGUAAUGUGAUGGAGCCAAACCAAAACAACUGGCUUCAAACAAACUGGAUCUCCCGUGAUGCUGCACAGAAAAUUUACGUGGAAAUGAAGUUUACCCUGAGGGACUGCAACAGCAUUCCAUGGGUACUGGGAACCUGCAAGGAAACUUUCAAUAUCUACUACCUGGAGUCAGAUGAGUCACAUGGAGUAAAAUUCAAGCCAAACCAGUAUGUUAAAAUUGAUACUAUUGCAGCUGAUGAAAGCUUUACCCAGAUGGACUUGGGUGACCGCAUUCUUAAACUCAAUACAGAGGUUCGUGAGGUUGGGCCGAUAAAUAAGAAAGGAUUUUAUCUUGCUUUUCAAGACAUUGGAGCAUGCAUUGCUUUGGUCUCGGUCCGUGUUUAUUACAAGAAGUGCCCUUUCACAGUCCGUAAUUUGGCUAUGUUUCCUGAUACUAUUCCAAGGGUUGAUUCUUCCUCUUUGGUGGAAGUACGAGGCUCCUGUGUGAAGAGUGCAGAGGAACGUGACACUCCAAAAUUGCAUUGUGGAGCAGAUGGUGAUUGGCUUGUGCCUCUAGGACGAUGCAUCUGCAGUGUAGGGUAUGAAGAAUUGGAUGGCUCCUGCCAUGCUUGUAGGCCUGGAUUCUAUAAAGCAUUUGCUGGAAAUGUAAAGUGCUCCAAGUGCCCUCCAUACAGUUCAACUUACGUAGAAGCAACAUCUGUCUGUCAGUGUGAGAAAGGUUAUUUCAGAGCUGAGAAGGAUCCACCAACUAUGGCGUGUACCCGACCACCUUCUGCUCCAAGGAAUGUAAUUUUUACCAUCAAUGAAACAGCUCUCAUGUUGGAAUGGAGCCCUCCAAGUGACACUGGAGGGAGGAAAGAUCUCACUUACAGCGUCAUCUGUAAGAAAUGUGGAUCAGAUGCCAGCCAGUGUGAGAUUUGUGGGGGAGGCAUCCGUUUCAUCCCCAGGCACACAGGUCUGAUCAACUCUUCUGUUACAGUUCUUGACUUUGUAUCACACAUGAACUACACCUUUGAAAUAGAAGCCAUGAAUGGGGUCUCAGAGCUGAGUUUCUCUCCCAAGCAGUUCACAGCUAUCACAGUUACCACAGACCAAGAUGCACCCUCCUUGAUAGGCAUGGUAAGGAAGGACUGGGCUUCCCAAAACAGCAUUGCCCUCUCCUGGCAAGAGCCGGACUUUCCCCACGGAGCAGUUGUGGACUACGAGAUCAAGUACUAUGAGAAAGUCUACCCACGGAUAGCGCCGGCAUUUUGGCACUACCUGCGGGUAGAAGAGCAUGAGCAGCUCAGCUAUUCCUCCACAAGGUCCAAGGCUCCGAGUGUUAUCAUCACAGGCCUCAAGCCAGCCACCAAGUAUAUAUUUCAUAUCAGAGUCAGGACGGCAGCAGGAUACAGCGGCUAUAGCCAGAAGUUUGAAUUUGAAACAGGAGAUGAAACUUCAGAUAUGGCUGCGGAGCAGGGACAGAUUCUUGUAAUUGCAACUGCUGCUGUUGGUGGAUUCACUCUUCUGGUCAUUCUCACUUUGUUCUUCCUAAUCACUGGGAGGUGCCAGUGGUACCUAAAGGCCAAAAUGAAAUCUGAAGAGGAAAGAAGGGCUCACUUGCAAAAUGGACAUUUAAAUUUCCCAGGGAUCAAAACCUACAUAGAUCCAGAUACAUAUGAAGACCCAUCUCUUGCUGUCCAUGAGUUUGCAAAGGAGAUAGAUCCUUCAAGAAUUCGUAUUGAGAAAGUUAUUGGAGCAGGUGAGUUUGGAGAAGUAUGCAGUGGACGUCUGAAAACACCAGGAAAAAGAGAGAUACCUGUUGCAAUUAAAACUCUGAAAGGUGGCUAUGUGGACAGACAGAGAAGAGAUUUCCUGAGAGAGGCCAGUAUCAUGGGACAGUUUGAUCACCCAAAUAUAAUACGCCUUGAAGGAGUUGUUACAAAAAGAUCCUUUCCGACCAUUGGGGUGAAGUCUCUUUCGAGAUUCCUGAGGGCAGGAUUUUUAAAUAGCAUCCUGGCCUCACAUCCAGUGUCAGGGGGUGGAUCUUUACCCCCCAGCAUUUCUUCUGGCAGACCAGUAAUGAUUGUAGUUGAGUACAUGGAGAAUGGAUCUCUCGACUCCUUCCUGCGGAAACAUGAUGGCCACUUCACAGUCAUCCAGCUGGUUGGCAUGCUGCGGGGGAUUGCAUCUGGUAUGAAGUAUCUCUCAGACAUGGGCUAUGUACACCGUGACCUGGCAGCCCGAAAUAUCUUAGUCAACAGCAACCUCAUGUGUAAAGUCUCUGAUUUUGGGUUGUCACGAGUGUUAGAAGAUGAUCCUGAUGCUGCUUACACAACAAGCGGUGGAAAAAUCCCCAUAAGGUGGACUGCACCUGAGGCGAUAGCUUACCGGAAGUUCUCUUCUGCAAGUGAUGCGUGGAGCUACGGCAUUGUAAUGUGGGAGGUGAUGUCCUAUGGUGAGAGACCAUACUGGGAGAUGUCCAACCAGGAUGUUAUACUGUCUAUUGAAGAGGGCUACAGGCUUCCGGCUCCCAUGGGCUGCCCAGCUUCUCUUCACCAACUAAUGCUUCACUGCUGGCAAAAGGAGAGGAACCACCGUCCAAAAUUUAGUGACAUUGUCAACUUCCUAGACAAGCUGAUCCGCAACCCAAGCACCCUUCACACCCUAGUGGAGGACACACUUGUAAUGCCAGAUUCACCUGGUGAAGUUCCAGAAUAUCCUUUCUUUGUUUCAGUCAGCGACUGGCUGGACUCCAUAAAAAUGGGUCAGUACAAAAAUAACUUCAUGGCAGCAGGCUUCACAACUUUGGAUACAGUUUCAAGGAUGACUACUGAUGACAUUAGAAGGAUUGGAGUUGCGCUGAUGGGACACCAGAGACGCAUAGUCAGCAGUGUACAGACUUUGCGGUUGCACAUGGUGCAAGUACAGGAGAAAGGAUUCCAUGUAUGAACGUGCUAGAAUCAGCUGCACUCUGUGCCUCAACGUUUCUGAAAGGGAAACAUAUUCUCAUUCUUCUGCUCUUCCCAACUUCAAGAACUGCAAUCUUCUAUUCAGACUAUCAAAGUACUUCUACGUUAAUGCUUCCAAACUGGAAUUCUUAAUCACACUGCAUAGUUCCUCCACCGGUUGUCUGCCUACUGCACGGCUGCUGCUACACACUGAUGAGUAACUCAGCAUGGAGGCAUAACUUUGUAUAACACCGUUUGGGAAACUUUCAUCAACUUGGAAGUAAUCCUGUUUGGCUGGGUGUGGCUUCUUUAUUGAUGUACUUCGAGUUUGCUGGUAGAUCAAAAAGUAUUGGACUUCUUUCAUGUCCCGCGACCACGCAACUUCCAGUACCAAAUGUGCCAUCUAAAAGAAGUUUGACACGAGAAUUCAUUUUAUCUCUUAAUUAAUCCACACGUAUGGGUCCUAUCACUCUGUUACUUCAUAACAGUUGGAAUGCUGGUGCCUCAAAACGUUCAUAUUUGUGCCCAGAAGUGACUGGUUUCAGGUAGCAAGUUUUCAUUGUGUGACUAAUCGGGAGGAUAGCGAGAGAAACCUGUUUGAAAUCUUAAAGUCCAUGAUUUUGAAUUUCUUUAGCACUCAGCACUUUUUAUGUCUGAAACUAUAGUUUAGAGUGGAAAAUUUGAUCAUCCUUGGGAUUCUUCACUACCCUAGACCUUUUCUAUUUGUUUUUUCCUUAACUCAGCAUUUGCUUCUACUAUGUGGCCAA